AAUUUUUUAAAAAUUAUUAUCACUAGUCAAUUCUAGGUCGUUUAGGUUGAAAAUUUGAUUACUUAAAAAAUUUUUAUUACAAAGUGUUCAGGACUAUUAUACUGACAAUAUUAUGAAAAGAACAAAUUAUUUGGUGUACGUCCUGAUGAGAAAAUCAAUUUUUAAAGGGGAUCAGGGCAACUUUUUCCCCCUCCCCUUGGCCCCCUUUAUUCAUUAAAAAAAAAAAUUAUGCCAUCUUUAGAAAAAUCAAGCAUCAGUUACAUAUUCAAAAAUUCAAUAAAAAAUAUGUUGGCGUUCAAAAGAUAUAACCAUUUAAAGUAAAACUAGUCAAAGUGCUACUAAAUUUAUUAUGUAUGUAUGCAUAUGCUUUAGUUAAAAAUCUAACAUAUUUAUUAUUUAUUUGCAUUAAAACUAGCAUAAUUAACAUAGUUAACAUGCCAAACAAACCAAGGGAUCAUUUCUCUUCAAGAAAACUUAUUUGUGUUUGCUGUGGUGAUAAGAACUUAAAAUGCAUUGAACUGGUAACUGGAAAUCCUUUACUAAUCUUGAUUCAACUGUAUGCCAACACUAACUAUAAUAUGACACUUCUUUCCAACCCUAUUGGGUUAUGUCCAAGCUGCAAGAUUUAUUUGUACUCAGCUAAAAAAGGAGAAACUUUAUCACUAGUUAUUUUAGAGAGGUGGUUGCUCACAUCAGAGAGAAUAAAGUUACUUCCGAGAUUUAAAGGUGAGACAGUGUCAACAUGUGAUUGCCUGAUCUGUAUCAUGUCAAGAGAUAAAUCCAAAUCUAUAAACCUUCAGGAUGUAUUAAACAUGUACAUUAAUGACCCUGAAGUACCAAAGGAGGUUAUAGAUAAAAUUUGUUGUACUUGUUAUCAGGGAAUUGGAUCUGGAAUUCAACAUCCCUGUAAUAAGAGAGACAUUGUACAGAACCUAAAAACACUGCUAGGUUUAAAAACAGUUGAGCAAGUACUUAGCAAAUCUCUAAAAGAAAUACAAAAAUUUAAAAAUAUUGAGUUAGACAACACUGUUACAUUGUUGACUGGAGGAACUCCUUUAAGUCUGCAGAUAGGGAAAAAGUCAACCCUUAAAACUAUCUCUACCCAAACUUUCUAUAAUAUCAAAAGAAAGCAUGAUAUGUCAGACUGUACUAUUGAUUCAAUAGCAAUGGAGUUAAGAAAAGAUUUGGGUAGAUUAGGUGUGGAAUCUAAUUCUUCCAAAAAAAUUAAGAUAAUGUCACAUGCCUUAGAUAACUAUUACUCAGUGGAAAAAGUGGAAUUUCUAUCCAAAAAUAAAGUUAAUGAAAAUAAAACUAUUGAAACUGUCAUUAAAGAUCUAGUGUAUGUCAAAAAUCCAGUAUCUCUAGUUAAUCAUGUUUGCAUUGCUAGGGGACUAGAAGUCAAGAAUGUUAUUAUUCGUAUAGGAAUAGAUAGUGGCCAAGGAUCUUUAAAAGUUAUUAUGAAUGUUUUUAACAGAGAAGUAAAUUAUAACUCCAAAGAAACUAAAAUACUGGAGUGAACAAAGUUAUAAUAUUGGCGUUUGCCAAAAAUGUUUGCGAAAGCCACACAAAUCUUCAAAUUCUCAUAGAAAAAACAAAGCUAAACAAUUUAAAGUUUUACCUUGCUGCAGAUCUUAAAUUAUGCAACAUAGUUUUGGUUUUGUUAGGACAUGAGGGAAAAUAUUCAUGUUUAUUUUGUGAUGGUGAUAAAAAUAAUCUUGGAGAACUGAGAACCAAUAAUAUGCUUAAGAACACGUAUAAAAACUUUGCUGAAAGUGGAUUUAAAAAAACCUCUAUGCAAUUCUAUAAGAAUGUCUCCUGGUUGAGUCUGGAGAGAUGUAUGUGCUUGAUGUCAUCCCUCCUCCAGAACUUCAUUUAAUGAUGAAAAUUAUAACAGAAAUUUCAAAUGUCUUCUGUAAGGAACCUGAUGUUGCUCUCUGGUUAAAAAAGCAUGGAAUUAUUUGGCAUGGGUAUAAUGGAGGUGGACUGGAUGGUAGAAAUGCUAACAAAAUACGAAAGCUUUUGCCAGAUUUGGAAAAAUUUAUCUUAGAUAACUUUUCUUCUUAUUAUCCAGUUGUUGAACUGUUAAAGUCUUUUUCUUCAGUUGUAAACAUGUGUUUCAGAAUGAAACUCCAUGACGGUUAUCCUGAUGCCAUUGCAACAUAUAUAAGAAAGUUAAAGGAAAACCAAGAGUAUGUGAAGACUACAUUCAACCACAACCUUUCUAUGGGAUGGAAAGGUCAUAUAAUUGAACACCAUCUUGUCAUGUUUUUAAAUAGAACUAAGUUGCCAUUGGGAAUAUUUUCUGAACAAUGUUCUGAAUCUGUUCAUCAUAAUAUGUU